AUGUCCGGCCGCAGACUGCAGGAGAAGCUGGAGAAGAAGCGCCGACUCGAGGCCACCGGCAACAAGGACAUCGCCAAGCUCGAGGCCUACUUCGGCACGUCCAUGGAGGUGAACCUGGCCAGCCUGCCCACUGUGGGCGUGCACACGCCUUCCUCCUGGCCGGGCCCGUACUGGCCCACGUACCAGGACAGCAUCAACGUGAUCUGGAGCCCCGGUGAGCCAAGUGCCGCCGAGAAGUACGCGACGGCCUUCGGUCUGGACGUGACGGACUUCAUGGACAAGGUGUCCAAGGACAACGGCAUCGACUCGAUGAGCAGCCACACGGUCUGCUCCUUGGAUAGCGACUGCUCCUCGCUCACGGACGGCAGCUCGUGCGCCAUCCGCACCGGCAAGAGCUCGGGCUACUGCAUCCCGACCUGGUACGGCAUCUGCCACGCCUGGACGCCUGCUUCCAUGCUUGAGGAGGAGCCGCGCUGCGCGGUGACGUACAACGGCGUGACGUUCCAGCCGCUGGACAUCAAGGCUCUGCUGUCGGACGUGUACGACGGCGCCACCGUCUCAACGGUGUUCACCGGCACGCGUUACAACGGCGGCACCGACUCGACCGACGAGUACGGCCGUCAUUCGAGCGACUCGUACCGCGACCUGAACCCCGCCUACUUCCACAUCGCGGCUACCAAUCUGCUGGGCAAGCUCAACGCCACGUUCAUCGCCGAUGUCACCGCCGGCUCGGAGGUGUGGAACCAGCCCGUGCGUGGUUUCAAGGUGUACGAGCAGACCAACAUGACGCUGGAGGAGGCCGCGAGCACCUUCUACGGACUGGAGGAGUACCCGUGGAACUCGGCCGCCAAGAGCAUCGUGUACGUCAAGACGCGUCUGUCGUGGAUCUUCGAGACCUACACGGACGGCGCGCUCGUGUCGACCGGCAAGGUGGACUCGUACACGACCGGCGCCUACUACUACUACAUCCUGGAGAUGGAUGACGACGGAAACAUCAUCGGCGGUGAGUGGGUCUACGACUCGGACGACGACCACCCGGACUUCAUCUGGUUCCCCAAGGCCAAGCCCGCCGCGGACACCGUGACUAGCAUCGGUCUGAGCUACGCCGACGUGAGCCUGCUGCUGCAGAAGUCGGUGGCUUGCGAGGGCUCGUCCUCCGGCUCGACGGCUGCCGGCUCGGCUGAAUCUUCCACUUUGGCCUCCAACGUGGCCUCGAGCUCGGGCUCGACUGCGUUCUCGAGCCAGCCCGGCUCGGCCUCAGCUGCGUCCACGGCCGCUUCCACCGCUGGCAGCAACAAUGCCGCUACGGUGGCGCCUGUGACGGAGGCCCCCGCUGCUACUGAGGCCCCUGUCGCCACGGAGGCCACCACCACCAACACGUGGGCUACUACUGCGCCAGCCGCGACCAUGGCUACUCCUUCGACCAACCAGUGGACGCACAACAGCCAGGGCAGCGGCAACAAUCAGGGCUCGUGGCUGUCCUUCUUCCACUGGUGGUAG